GAAAAGGGAACUGUGUCAUGUGUUGCAUCCUGUAUUUAACAAAAAAAAAAGACCAACAGGAAGUGCUGGGAUUGGUAGCCAGAAAAAAAGGACUGUUUUUAGAGAGAGGAAACUAAAGACAUUAAAAAGCCAUGACGCGGGUGUGCAUAGUUAUAAUGAAAACCAUGAGCAGGCACUGAAAGAAACUUCCAGCUGGAAGAAGGAAUCACAGACGAAAGCUGAGGAACAAAACCUAAAUGGGUGAAUAAGGCUUUUUAAUGAUCUGCCUCCCAGUUCCAGCUGCUCCUGUCGCUCCUCAAGCUCUGUGCAGGAUAAGCUCUCUUGAUCACGGCUGAGCAAGAUCAACCAUAAACCUGACAAAAUGCUACAAAGAAACAUUUGGGUGCUUUCACUGGCAAUGGUUACAUCUGCCACAGACAUCAUCUAUUACAACUGUACCUGUCAAGGGCCAUACUGCUCAGAAACGACCUGUAUUGGAAGGAUAUGCUUUGUGACAGAGGAGAUACUGGAAGAAUCUAGAGCUAUCCAGAGAACCCGAGGCUGUUUUAAUAACAGUAUCAACGAGCAGUGCAAUAGCAGGAGUGACAGUUCAGAUGUCCAUUGUUGUUUUUUAGAUUUCUGUAAUGAAAAUGUCACCAUCUUCAAACCUGUUGAGGAACCCCCAGUGAAAAGCCUCCUCCUAGUGACUGUCCUCCCCAUCGUUCUCUUUGUGAUCUUUCUUAUGCUUUUUGCAUUCUUAUUCUGGAAAAUUAAGCAAAGCAGCCGGAAGGAGUCCUUGCCAAGACUCAUUGACUUUGGCCAUGCAGACAUCAUUAAUGCAUCAAUACUUGGUGACAGCACUUUAGGGGAUCUUUUAGACUGUACAACUGGUAGUGGCUCAGGACUUCCAUUCCUGGUACAAAGAACUGUGGCUCGCCAAGUUACACUUGUGGAAUGUGUAGGUAAGGGACGAUAUGGAGAAGUAUGGAGAGGCCUGUGGCAGGGGGAAAACGUGGCUGUUAAGAUUUUUUCUUCUCGCGAUGAACAAUCAUGGUUCCGAGAGACAGAGAUUUACAACACUGUUUUGCUACGUCAUGAAAAUAUUUUGGGCUUUAUUGCAUCUGACAUGACUUCUCGGAACUCCAGCACUCAGCUGUGGCUUAUUACCCAUUAUCAUGACAAUGGAUCUCUAUAUGACUAUCUCCAGAGGACCACCGUUGAUCCAGAAGGUUGCCUACAGUUUGCAGUAUCUAUUAUUUGUGGAUUGGUGCACCUUCAUGUGGAAAUAUUCGGCACCCAAGGAAAACCUGCCAUUGCACAUAGAGACCUGAAGAGCAGAAACAUCCUGGUGAAAUCCAAUGCAGAAUGUUGCAUUGCAGAUCUAGGUCUUGCAGUGGUGCAUUCUCAGAAUGGUGACUACCUUGAUAUUGGUAACAACCCAAGAGUUGGCACCAAACGAUACAUGGCACCAGAAGUCCUGGAUGAAACCAUCCGCACAGAUUCAUUUGAAUCUUACAAACAGACAGAUGUGUGGGCAUAUGGAUUGGUAUUAUGGGAAAUAUGUAGGAGAACAAUUAUAAAUGGUAUGGUGGAAGACUACAGGCCUCCAUUCUAUGACAUGGUUCCACAUGAUCCGAGUUUUGAGGACAUGAAGAAAGUUGUUUGCGUUGACCAACAAAGACCAAAUAUUCCUAACACUUGGAGUUCAGAUAAAAUAUUAUCAGCACUUAUGAAGAUCAUGAAAGAAUGUUGGUACCAGAAUCCAUCAGCAAGGCUUACUGCCCUAAGGGUCAAGAAGACGUUAAACAACAUGAAGAAUUCCCUAGAACAGAGGAAACAAGACUGUUGAAAAAAAAAGUGAUUAACUUCAUGAUUUGCACAGUUAUAAAACUAAAGAUCACAGUGAAGCAAAAAGAGAAAACAUAUCUCAAGUUAUUCACGACCAUAAAGUCUGAUAAAUCCCAGAAUUCAAAGCACAUCAUCAUCUAACAUGGAUUCCUACCAGUGGGCUCUCACCAGCUUUUCACCAGCAUUACUCCUGGCAUUCCCUAUGCGGGAAUGACAGAACAUGCACCUUUACAGCCUACUAGUAAGCCAUGCGUCCUAGGCAUCAAUUGGUAUGAAUACAGUAUUUAGCAAUAUAGAAUAUAUGUUAAACUUGUACAUGUUCAAUGUAUCAUACACAAUGGAAAUAUUUUAAGAAUUCAAUUCAUUUUUUAUAUGCCCCCAGCCUGGAAUACCUCUGGAAAAAUCCAUACUCACCUGCUCCCUGUUGCUCCAUUCAGGCCCCCUGCCUCUCUUCACUGGUCUUCCAGGUCCUGUCUGUUAAGUUCCUCAUGGAUGAGGUCAUGUGUGUUGAUGCAGCCAAUAACUGGUCUCAGUAGUGAUGUGUCCCCAAGCAGGACAUCGCUGAGGUCAGUCAUUGGAUGCAGCGGCACACAUGAAACCAUCCAUGGAGAAGUUAACAUACGGGGCCUGGAAGACCAGUGAAGACAACCAGGGAGCAGGUGAAUAUGGAUUUCUCCACAGGUAUACCAGGCUGGGGAGGGCCAAUAAAUAAAAAAAAUCCUGGACAACCCCUUUAAUUUUACUUUGUAAGCUUUAUUGAUCACUCAUAAAAAGGCCCCCACCAGUCUUAUGGAAUCACACAGAAUGGCACCCAUAUUGUUUGUAGUCAUGUCUUUGGCAAAUCUUCAGCUUUGUGCAAUGUUCAGACAUACAUUUGUACUUAAUCUUUUCCAGGUCCAUCUGCUGUGAGAAGAGAUGUAAAUGUACACAACAAGGAUUUUUAAUAUAUAUACACAAAGUUCAUUGUAAGCUUUUUUUUAUAUCUACAAAAUAUAUUCGGGGAAGUGGCACCCUCUACUCAACGGUCAUACAGUUAUAUAGUUAUAUAAUUUCCAGUCAUAGCGCUUGUAUACCAUUUUUUUCACUGAUUGAUUCAUUCAAGUUUUGGGUGGUUUCACGCAUAGCUUUGUUUUCAGAGUGUUUGAUGAUUUUUGCAUUUAUUUUUU